AUGCCUGAUGGGAUAGAAAUAGGCGAAAAGAUUACAGACACAGCACAAUUAUACUUGGAUGCAAUCUAUGUCCUGAGCUUUAAAGAAUUAUACCAGCGAUUAGAAGAAAGGAACAGCAAAAAUGGAGAAACAUUUGAGUGGGAUACAGAUUAUUUCAAUUUAGUCGAAGAGAACGAUGUGAAUUUUCUGUUAGAAGACGACGAGAAUGAGGGAAUUGAAGAUAUUGUCGACGAUUUCAUGUUUUCAACCUCACCUAACUCUAAUUUCAAUAACCCUUCACCCACGGCCAAUGAAAGUAUGUCCUCAGCAACGGCAACAGGUCCUACUAUUAGUAAAGUAAAUUCGACUUCACGCCUUUCGAUUAAUGGUAAUAAAAACAAUUCGAUUGUGGGCAGAUCGCGAUCUACCUCUUCACUUUCAAUGAAUAGCAUUGCCUCAAUAAACACCGUUAACGGAGUCAGCGCAACAAAUAAAUUACCAUUAUUCUUGAGGGAGCAGGAUAUUGAUUAUCAAAAUUAUCGACAGGCUUUGUUUUCAGAAUUACUUAGACAGUACCCAGCCUCCAGACAAGAGAUUAUACAUCAUGCCAAAGUGGAUAUUCCACCAAUACUAAGAGGGAAAAUAUGGGCAGCUAUUCUGGGAGUGAGCGGCGAUCUACAGUAUGAAUACGAUCAAAUCAAUAAAUACGUAGAUAUGGGUGCUGAUCGACAGAUUGAAGUCGAUGUACCUCGUUGCCAUCAAUAUAACCAACUGUUAGCUUCUUCAGUCGGGCAUGAAAAACUUAGACGGCUUCUGAAGGCUUGGGUGUGUGCUAACAAGAACUUAGUAUACUGGCAAGUUCUACAAGAAUAUUUGGCUAUAUUCAGACAUUUAUUAAGUUUCCAUGAUCCUGAACUCUCCACCCAUUUGGAUGCGAUAGGUUUUAUGCCUGACUUGUAUGCUAUACCAUGGUUUUUGACAUUAUUUACACAUGUAUUCCCGCUUGACAAGAUAUACCAUUUAUGGGACAAGUUUUUAGUUGGACCUUCAUCCUUACCAUUAUUCGCAGGGAUCGCUAUCUUACGCCAGAUUCGAGAUACUUUACUCUCGUACGAAUUCAAUGAUUGCAUCGUCCUCUUUUCAGAUAGUUUUCCUAGAGUUGAUAUUGAAAAGUGCGUGCAAAGUGCAUUAAGUAUGUGCAAAGUUACCCCGCUCAGCAUAGUAGCAAGAAUGCAUGGACCAUCUUCAUUAGAAAGUAUUGGUAAAUCAACACAUGAUGACGGGGAAGAGAAAAACUCAAAAAUACCUUCUACGCAACUAUGGUGGGAAAAGCCAAUUUCCAUAGAAAUGAAAAAGGUAGAAUUAGCACCACGGUUAUUUGUUACAGACCUGCUUAAAAUUCUAGCGUAUUCUUUAAUUCUUGAUAUACGGCCGGAAACAGAUUAUGCUAACAUUAUAAAGAAAGUGAAUAGAAAGUACCAUAUAGUAGUUGCUUCUAGAAGCCAAGAAGGGCCUGAGGUAUGUCAUCUGAUAGCUAAGAUGUCUACGAAGUUCAAUGUAGUGGAUCAAUUGAAUGUGUUCCUUACCUAUUAA